AUGUCAGCGGGUGGAUCUCUGAAGUUAUCAAUCAGCUUAAAUCGUGGAAUCUCGUCAACAACAGAAAACAGUCAGAUCAUUAGCGAUGAGAAAAUGGAUGAAGUCGAAGCUAGAGGCCGGGUGAAUAGCACCAACUCUGACGCCGCAAUAUCCGCGAUGGGUGAAAACUCUUCAGAGAAACCAACGGAGUUGCUUAAUGUGAAAAUUCCUACUGCAACGAAAGCCCAGAAAAGGAAGCAUAUCCAAACCAAUUUCGACGAUUCCUUGCUGCUUAGCCAGCCAGCUCUUGAUGCACAACGAAAGGAGAAAGAGCGGUUGGAACGGUUGGAGCGUCAGAAGCAGUCCCUGGGUGAAAACUGGUCAUACUUGAGCAGCAUUGGAGAUGACUCUGACCCUGGCCUCGAUUCAAAGAAAAACAUUCCUCCGCUAAGCAGGAACGCCCCUAAGGCUGAACCUGAGGUAAUCGAGCUUUCAAGUGGUGAUGAAGAUGAAAAGUACGAUGGACGAGAAAGCAGUUCUUUCAGACCUUACCGGGUUGUGCCACCUUUACCGUCCGGAAAGCGUUCAAGAUGGAUGUACUCGGAUAAAGACAGGGCUGAUCACGAAAAGAUGGAAAAGCAACACAAAAUGGAGAAGGAGCGGAUGAGGAGGCGCAGAAAUUCUCAUGAGUUGGAGAAGAUCGAGCUCACGCAGACUGGGCGACAUGGUCCCGAAGAUCCUGAUGUCCAUGUGUCUCCUUACCUUACACAUAUUCUUCAGCCACAUCAAUUAGGAGGAGUUCGGUUCUUAUAUGACAACAUCGUGGAAUCACUGAGUGAAUUCAAGUCAUCACCUGGAUUUGGAUGCAUUCUGGCUCACAGCAUGGGUCUAGGAAAAACUAUUCAGGUUAUAACCUUUAUUGAAGUAUUCUUACGCGUAACUGAGGCCAAGAAAGUUCUUGUUAUCGUUCCCAUUAAUACUAUACAAAACUGGUAUAACGAAUUCGAAAAAUGGAUACCAAGAUAUUCGGAAAAGGGGGAGCUUUGUCGUCAGUUUGAAGUGUUUCUUCUGGGUGAUUCUGUGAAGACAUUCGAUCAGCGUGUGAAUCUAAUUGAAGAGUGGUCGCGUAAAGGAGGCGUAUUACUGAUUGGUUAUGAAAUGUUUCGCCUACUCAUUCGGUCUACACAACCGAGGAAACCAGCGAAGCCGAAGAACAACUCCUUAUUUCCUCCUCAGCCCGAGCGACCAAUAAAACCUGACGAUUUCGAUCAGGGGUUCACAGCGGAUGGUCGAGUGAAAAAGGAAGCCAAUGACAGUAAGCUCGAUGUUCGUCGUAUAGAAUCAAAGUGUCAACAUAUAGUUGCUUUUAUAGUCAUACGUGGUGCCCUCAUUGACCCAGGAGCUGAUCUAGUUGUGUGUGAUGAAGGACACAAAAUCAAGAACCUCAAUACCGACAUCGCCUCUGCUUUAGGAGCUAUCAAGACGAGGCGGCGGAUCGUAUUGACAGGAUACCCACUGCAAAAUAAUCUCAUGGAGUAUUACUGUAUGGUGGACUUUGUAAGACCGGAUUUUUUGGGUUCGAGGAAGACGUUCUCGAUACAGUUCGAGAAGCCAAUUAAGAACGGCCAAUGCAUCGACUCGACAGCAAGAGACAUUAAGAUUGCCCGUCAACGAAUUCACGUUCUCAACAGCAUGUUGAAAGACGAACUCACCACCUGCUCAAGGCUAUUCUGCCCAGAAAGUAAAGAGUUUGUGCUCCUCCUCCGAAAGAGUCCUCUGCAACACGCGUUGUACAGAAAUUUUGUUAUGUACGCAAAUUCGGAAAUCAGCUCUGGAAAUACUUCUGUUUUUAAUCCUCUUAAGGCUUUCGCUGCUUGUUCAAAGAUAUGGAAUCACCCCGAUAUUCUUGCAAAAACACUUGAAAGGAAGCGUGAAGAGCGGAGGAGGACAGCACAACAAAAGGAGGCAAACGAUCAAGCUAGCGAUAGAAUUCCGUCGUAUUCCGAGCGAGACCAAGCUCAUAACAUGACAAGUGCAUCAUCGUGGCAGUCACAUGAAGGACCUGGGUAUCCUUGCUCGGCAAGCUAUGGUCAAGACAUGACGUCAGGACACUCGACAAAUGCGUGUUCUUCAAUCCCUGGCCCCAGCUACAGCACUGCACCGAACAAUACUUGGAAUUCAACGUAUUCUUCCAACUCGGGUCAAACAGGUCCUUCAGCUGGUCCUUCCAUUCUUGAACAAACGCUCAAAUCGAACUUAUCAGAGCCUUCAAGAGUCACUCAUAGUGAUUUAUGGAGUGGAGUUUUUGCUACUGGACCACCAUCAUCGCUGGGAACUAGCGCGUUUGUGGACACAAAACGAGCAGAUGAAUCACCUCGCUCUUCGUCAAAACUGAGGCGCACCACUCGUUUGAAACCGAAAACUAUUCAAGGGGUGAUGGAGGAGGAGUUCGACAUAACGGAAAACGAUCAAGGGCUACAGUAUGAUUGG